AUGGGUUCGCCAAACGUUUCCGAGUCCACAGCAACUCUUCCAUCGCCGUCCGUUCCCGGUGACCGAGAUGAGUCUUACCGUGCGGAUGUCACGAAUGUCGACUCCAGUUCCGAUUUUGAAGACCCCAAAGUGUCAAUAUGGCAGGCGUCGCAAUCACUUGACCUCAGCGAUCGUCCGUUGAAGGUCUACAACCGCCGUCCAUUGGCGUCCAGACGAGCUCAGUCGAGACGGUCACGCGGAUCCACAACCCCUCGAUCGCCCGCGACUUCAGAAUCCAAUAGCAGCAGUCAGGCAUGCGACUCGGUUCUGUGCGGUGGGAGGAGGCGCGUGUCCGCCUUCGGAUCCUCCCUCUCUUGCAGGGCCCGGAGGUACAGCUUUCUGUCAGCAUCGCCCUCCACAGCCAGUGCAACACCGCCCGCAACACAGAGUGGAGUGAAGCAGAAGGGAGCGGGCAGAGCAGUGUCAGGGCGGCAGAAGAAGCCGAGCGGCAAAGCAGCAGCAGAGCAGGGCCGGCGGGAAGAGGAGUACCAACGACUGCGCGCGUUCUUCCUGGCAGUAGAUGAGUUUGAGAUGGAGGAGGAGGAGGAAGAGGAGGCAGCAGAGGAGCGGGAGCAGGCGAACAAGUGGGUGGAUAAGGGGAGGGCGAGGGACGAGGGGGUGGAAAGUGUCCUGGAUGCGUUUCAGGGGUGGUGCUGGUAUGUUCCGCCUGCAGGAGAUGGUGGUGGGGAAGAGGAUGGGGGAGCGGGUGGGGGAAGGGAUGGGGAAGAGGAUGGGGGAGGGGAUGGGGAAAGGGAUGGGAGAGGAGAUAGGGGAGGGGAUGCGGGAGUGGCGGGCGACUGGGUGCCGGAGUUUAUGGCUAGGGAAGCUGGGCUAUUGGGUGCAUUGCGGAGGGUGGAUGAGGGAGGGGAGGAAGGGGAGGAGGAGAACGAGGAGGAAGAGGAGAAAGAGGAGGAAGAGGAGAACGAGGAGGAAGAGGAGGAAGAGGAGGAAGAGGGAAGAAGAUGCUUUGAGGAAAAGACAGGAGAAGUGCAAGAGGAGGAGGGGGAGGAGGAGGAGGGGGAGGAGGAGGAGGGGGAGGAGGAGGAGGAGGAGGAGGAGGAGGAGGAGGAGGAGGAGGAGGAGGAGGAGGAGGAGGAGGAGGAGGAGGAGGAGGAGGAAGAAGAUACAAGGGAGGUUACCAGGGCCGAGAUCUCAUUUGACGCAUACCUCCACUCACAACUCAGCAGCCUCAAGCUCUCUGACAGAGUCGCCACAACCGCUAGCCCAAGCGCACUGGGCAGCACAUUGAGAGGCGGGGAAGGCUCAUUGCCAGCAGCAGCUUCAGAGCCAGAUUCAGGAGUAGCAGGCGAUGUGACGCCUAGCAGAGCUGUAGGAAUUUCUCCAGGCGGUGGGGUAGCUGUGCCUGCCAGCACUGCUGUUGGUGAGAGCCGGGAAGGGCAGGCAAGGGAAGAAGGAGACACAGGGGGCGAUGGCAGGAGGUGGAGAAGAGAGGGCGGAGCAGAAGGGCAGGGUGAUGAGAGUACCGUUGUGCAAGGGUGGCGCGCGGGAGCAGGGCAAAGAGGGGAGGAAGGGGAGAGUACCGUUGUGCAAGGAUGCUGGGGCGCUGGAGGUGGGAGAUUGGAGGAGGAGGGCGGUGGGGGGAAACCCGAGAGUGGCUGUAACAGAGGUGCCUUUAGCGAGCUGUCAGUAGGGAAUGUGUGUGCGGUAGACGGGCUAGGAGGGCAAGGGAAUGCGCGAAGUGAAGGGGAGGCGAACGAGGUGUCGUCAAAGGAGGUGUGUUCAGAAGUUGCAGCUUCAGAAAGGGCAGGUGAAAUGGAGAGGGAAGAGACAGAGGGGGAGCCGCAUGGGUUGGAGUCACAGCACAGACCAAGGCAGUCGCCCGGUGGUGGCAGCACUCUGCUGCAUGAUAAUGACUCAGCAGCACGCAGCAGCUCUCUGUUAUCUGGUGACUCUGAUGACUGUGCUGAGGGCAUGGGCGUGAGCCAUGCAGAGGACGUGGUGGACCUCACUCUGUCCAGCAGUGACGACUCUGACGACCCUGAUGGCUCUGAUGGCUCUGAUGGCUCUGAUGCCUCUGAUGGCUCUGAUGGCUCUGAUGACGGUGAAGGGGAUGAUUCCGCCUGUGCUCAGGAGGAAGGGGCAGUGCUGGAACAAGUGAGAAGGGGAUAUGUGGAGCAAGGCAAGCAGCAGCGGCUACAACAGCAGCAACAGCAGCAGAGGCAGCAGAGACAGCAGCAGCAGCAGCAUGGGAGGCAGAGUCUGGGAGCAUGUCAGCCAAGCCAACGAGUCCUGAGAAGUAGCACGCGCCGAAACACGCUAGCUCCUGGGGCUUUUGCCACGAAGGGUGCUGCUGGCAGUGGUGGUGAUGCCAGUCAAAGAACGAGGGACACAAUGGCUGCUGCUGCCCAUGUUCACUCUGAUCCUGCCCCUUCUCCUGCUCCUGCUCCCUCUCCUUCUCCUGCUCCUUCUCCUGCUCCUGCUCCUUCUCCUGCUCCUUCGCCUGCUCCCUCUCCUGCUCCUGCUCCCUCUCCUGCUCCCUCUUCUGUUCCUUCUCCAUCUCCUGUUCCUGCUGCUGCGGAUGUGAGCUAUACGGCUAUCUCUGCUGCGCCUAUUGCUCCACCAGAGCAUCGAGAAGCACAUACUCGCCAUAGCAUGAACAGCCGCCGCACGUUAAGGAGCAGCUUGGGUGCUUCAGUAGGCACGGAAAGAAGCAGUAUUUCCGAUAGGAGCAGCACGCGGGCCGUGAGAAGCACUGGGCGCACAAGGACCAUGCCUGCCCGUCAACGCCACGAGGAGACGCAGACAUAUGGGAAUAGAGCUGGACGUGCGAGGAUGGGGCGUGCGGAGGAGAGGGAGAUCGGAUCCGCAGAUGGGGGUGUGGGUUCUGCUGCUGGAACAGAGAGAGCAGGUGGGGCAGAGGCAGGUGGGGUGCAGGCUUGCGCAUUGACAAAGACAAGGGGUAAAGCGAGGGGCAAUAGAAAGGGUGAGGCGAGGAGCGAGUCAUGUGGUGAAGGGGAUGAGGGGCAGCAGGGGGCUGAUGUGACGGCACAGGCUGGGGAUGAGGGUCGAGAGCGUGGUGCUGACACUCUGUCAGGCAGUAGCAGCAUUGAUGCGCUCUACAGCAGAAGGAGCUGCAGCUUUGAGGCGGGGAGCAGCGUUGACUGUGGAGCGAGCAAGGAGAGGGUUCCAGAAGCAGAGGAGCAGAGCGUGUGGAAGAAAGAUGGUAUUGGCGGCCAGGAUGAGGGUCAAAGAGAGGAGGAGGAGGGCGGUGUAGGGGCAGAGGUGGAGGAGGAGGAUGAGGUGGUGGAGGUGGACGAGGAGGAGGAUGGGGAUGAGGUGGUGGAGGUGGGGGACGACGAGGAGGAGGAGGAGGAGGAGGAGGAGGAGGAGGAGGAGGAGGAGGAGGAGGAGGAGGAGGAGGAGGAGGAGGAGGAGGAGGAGGAGGAGGAGGAGGAGGAGGAUGGGCUGCGUGCGCUGCUUGCUGCCUGCCGCCAGCCGCACAUCCACUCCAUGGAGCAAGCCGUCACUCAAUACUGCAACCUGAAGACCAUCCGGAAGAUAGGGGAGGGAAGCUUUGCAGAAGCGUUUGCAGCAGAGGGGGCGGAGGGUCGGGUGUGCCUCAAGAUAGUGCCGGUGGGGGGCCGAGUGCUGGUCAAUGAUGAGCCGCAGAAGGUGAGAGUGGGUGCAGUGCGUGGUGUGGCACUGGUGCUGUGUGUUGAGGAGGGAAAACGAGAGUGUGACAAGAUAAUGUCGUUGGGGGGGCGAUUGCUGUUGCUGUCAAUCAUGAGCCGCAGAAGGGUGCGUGUGUGCAGGGGGGUGUACUCGCCUGUGCUCGUGCGGGCAUGGGAGGAGUGGGCGGAUGAGAACGAGUCGCUCAACGACCACCCAGAAAUCUUCCCCUCUGACCAGGCAUACGUUGUCUUUAUUCUGGAGAUGGGCGGCAGCGACUUAGAGAAGGCCCAAGUGCGCUCCUUCGAUGAAGCUCGCAGCAUCUUGCUGCAGGUUGCAGCAGGGCUGGCAGUGGCGGAGGCAGCGUGUGAGUUUGAGCACCGCGACCUGCACUGGGGCAACGUCCUCAUUCAUCGCACACAGGCAAACGGGCCCCAGAGGGCAGGGAAGGGCAGGGGAGCCAAUCAGAGGCGCGAGGGGGCAAAGGCCCUGAGUGACUGUACUACCAGCAUGAGCAGCACUGAGAACAGCAAUGCUAGCAGCAACGCAAACAGUAACAACAGUGGUAGCGGCAAGGGAGAGGGCGGGAGCGGGCAGUGGUUCAGGCUGAAUGAGCAGCAGCGGAGCUUCCAAGACAAGGGCGUUCGUGUGGCCAUCAUCGACUUCUCCCUCUCUCGCCUCCAGUCAGGUGCGUCCCUCUUAUCACACUCUCACUGA